AUGUAAGAAAUCACAGUUCAGCAAUAAAUAGAAAUAGCACGAGCCUCAGAUCAAGAAAAGUGGUGGAUUUAGCAUUUAAAAAUAUAAAUUAUUCCGUAGUUGAUACUAAAGGAUGUAAUAACUUUAUUUUAAUAUAAAGAAUCAAGACAGAUAUUAAAUAAUUUAGAUGGCUUUUGUAAGGGAGGAGAAGUAACUGCAAUAUUGGGAGCAUCAGGAGCUGGAAAAACUUCUCUCUUAAAUAUUCUAUCUGCAAGAAUCUCCAAUACUAAAACAGCCAGAUUGACAGGAAAAGUGUUUGUGAAUAAUAUAGAGUACAACUCUGAAACAUUUUCUAAUUUUGCUGCUUAUGUUAUGCAGAAUGAUGUAUUAUUCGAGACACUGUCUCCAAGAGAGGCUUUAGAGUUUGUAGCCAAUUUAAAGUACACUGAUCCAGACCUGAAAUUAAAAAGAGUUGAAGACACAAUAAAGACCAUGAAAUUAGAAAGAUGUUAGAAUGCCAUAAUAGGAGGACCAAAUCUUAAAGGUAUUUCAGGAGGAGAAAAGAAGAGGACUUCAAUUGGAUUUGAACUUGUGACUAAUCCUAGUUGUAUUCUACUUGAUGAACCUACUUCUGGAUUAGACUCAUUCACAGCCUUCCAAAUUAUACAUGAAUUGACUCUUUUAGCUCAUGACCAGGAUAGAACUAUUGUAUUUACAAUACAUUAACCAUCAUCAGAUAUUUAUUUGCUUUUUGAUCGAAUUAUGCUAUUGGUUUAAGGAAAGUUCAUUUAUUAGGGACCAAGAUCAAAUUUAGUUGAUUAUUUUUAAGGAAUAGGAUUUAGUUGUCCAGAUCAUAGUAACCCUUUAGAUUACAUGAUUAGUAUAAUGCAUUAGGAGAGUCAAACUAAUGUGGAUAAUUUUCAAACUUAUUUUAAAGAAUAUGAUAAUUAAUGGGCAUCAAAAGUGCAAAAGGAAAUUGAAUCAUCCUCAAAGUCUCAGAUAUAAUUCAAAAAAGUAGAGACUUCAACCUUAUAUUAAAUAAAUCUUAUAGCAAAAAGAGCACUUAAAUCUUAUUUUAGAGAUAAAUUACUAAUUAGAUAAAGAUUUGGAAUGGCAUUGUUUAUGGGACUCCUCAUAGGAGGAACAUAUUAUGGUAUUGGAUCUACUUAGGGAACCUACGUUGAUUAUUCAAGCAUGGCAGGCUUGUUGUUUUUCUUGUGCAUGAAUAUGACUUUUAGUUCUUUAUUCCCAGUAGUUUUGUAGUUUGCCACUGAGAGGGAUGUUUUCUUAAGAGAGGAGAACUCAAAACUUUACACAACAUUUUCUUAUUUUAUGGGGAAAUCCUUUGUAGAAAUACCUUUUUGUCUAAUCACUCCAAUAAUUUAAGAACUAAUCCUUUAUUGGAUGGUUGGUUUAAACCAUAUGAAUGGUGGAAUUGUGAUUACUCAUAUAUUCAUUGCGGUUUUGACAUGCUUGAAUGGAAAUAGUAUUGGUUUGAUGGCAGGCUGUGCAUUUAAUGAUAUAAAAGCAGCAACAGGGUUUGUUCCAUUAGCUUUGCUGCCAUUAUUUGCUUUUUCUGGUUUUUAUGCAAAUCCUAAGCAAUUCUACAAUUGGAUUGGAUGGAUUUAAUAUGUAAGUCCAAUUAAGUAUUCCUUUGAAGCAAUAGCCAGAAAUGAAUUUCAAAGUAGAUCAUAUGAUUUUGGUGACCCAAAUGAUGUCUUAGGAUUUAAUGUAGGUUAGUGGGAAUCAGUAGGAAUCUUAAUUGCCUUAUUCCUUGUUAUAAGGAUGUUUGCUUAUAUGUUUCUACACUCCUUAAGAUAGAAAUAAUAAUGA